CGUCAGCUCAAAUUCGCUUCUUCAUCCCCAGAAACAGAGCAACUGCAAGGAGGGGGAAGCAAAGCAACCGAAGCUGUCGGCUAUUCAGCUCCCCGGGCGGUCUCCGCGUCGCCUCCUCGGCUCCUCGCCUCCCGACGCGCGCCAUGGAGACGCAGGAGAUCGCCGCGGCGGCGCGCCACUUCGCCGCCAUGGCCCGAAUCGUCGGCCCGGACCCCAAGGCCGUGAAGAUGCGCCGCCACGCCUUCCACCUCCACCUCCACCAGUCGGGGUCCACCACGCUCUCGGCGUCGGCCCUGCUCCUGCCUCGGGGCGCCCUGGCCGAGCCGCCGCCGCUGCUCGACCGUGUCUGCGCGGCCCACGGGCACGUGGGGGACGUUGCGCUCACGGCGGCAUCGCUCGUCGAGCCGUUCCUGGUCGCGGAGCAGCGAGAUGAUCCCGGCGAGGAAUUUAAGCCGAGGCUGGUACCGGAGGCACGUAUUGAUGUGCUUGUUGAGCAUGAGGAGUUGGGGAACAUUCAAGAUGGAAAGUCCGGCAAACCUCCACGGUGGCUUUCAGCUCAAUUGCUUGCCAUGGUUGAUGCCCCUACAGCUGCUGACUCUGUUUUAUCCUUGCUAAAACAUGACGACUCAUUCAUUGGAAGACCAUCAUGGGAUGUAGGCUGGUCAUUGGCCGAUGUUAAUCAGAAACAGGUUGAAAAUGAUAUCAGAUCUUCCCUGAAGUCUAACAGGAAUAAUGCAUCUGUAGAGGCAAUGGGCACAUUGAUGUUGGCCAAGUCUGCCACAAGAAUUGCUAUUCUAGGAAUUUCAACCAUCAAUUCAAAUAAUGCAAGACGAAUCAAUGUUUCAGAGAUGCAUUCCCGAGGAGACUCUUUGCUGGUAGUAGGAUCUCCAUUCGGCCUACUGUCACCCUUCCAUUUCUUCAACAGCAUAUCAGUUGGUGCUGUUGCGAAUUGCCUUCCUCCAUACUCUGUGAGGAGCUCGUUGCUGAUGGCUGACAUCCACUGUCUCCCUGGGAUGGAAGGUGCUCCAGUGUUUGACAAAAAUUCUUGCCUUGUGGGGUUGCUGAUGCCCCCAUUAAGACAGAAAGGCAGCAACAUAGAAGUUCAGCUCGUGAUUCCAUGGGAUGCAAUAUGCACUGGAUGGAACAACAAGAAACUGGAGGGAAUUGGAGGAGACCCAAGUGAGCUACCUGACAAAAAUGCUGAUACUAAAACAAUGGAAUUAAGGAGGUUUGUCUCUUCUAAGGUCAACAAAAUUAACCAGUAUUGCAUCUCACCCUCUUCAAUAAGAGAGGCUAUAUCCGCAGUUGUUCUUGUUACGGUUGGUGAGUCAUCUUGGGCUUCAGGAAUUAUUCUGAACAAGAGGGGUUUAGUUCUGACCAAUGCUCAUCUCUUGGAACCUUGGAGAUUUGGAAGAACUUCACCUUCAGGUGUACAAACCUCAUUUGCUGGAGAAUAUCUCAAUGCCAGAGAAAACAAAUCAUUGCAGCCGCAACAAUGCAAAUUUUCUAAUGAAGAUGCUGUCAAACAUGAGGUUUCAUUGUUUAACUUGGGUUUCAAAAGAGAGAAGAGAAUAUCAGUUCGUUUGGACCAUGCGGAGAGACAGAUGUGGUGCAAUGCUUGUGUGGCUUUUAUCUCGAAGGGUCCGCUUGAUGUUGCAUUGCUUCAAAUGGAAAAGGUUCCAAUUGAAUUAAAUACAAUCAGACCAGAAUUUGUUUGCCCAACAGCCGGAUCAUCUGUAUAUGUUGUUGGACAUGGCCUUUUUGGACCUCGAUCAGGCCUAUGCUCGUCUCUAUCCUCUGGGGUUGUGUCAAAGGUUGUCCAAAUCCCAUCAACUCAACUUUCUGGUACUGUGGAGGCUGACAAUAUGGACAUGCCAGUAAUGCUGCAGACAACAGCAGCAGUUCAUCCAGGGGCCAGUGGCGGUAUUCUUGUUAAUCCGCAUGGGCUAAUGGUUGGGAUAAUAACAAGUAAUGCUAAGCAUGGUGCCGGAAGCACAAUACCUCAUCUGAAUUUCAGCAUCCCAUGCAAAUCACUCGAAACAAUCUUCACGUAUUCAGAAAUUGGAGAGCCUGCGAUUCUGGAGCAGUUGGACAAACUGAAUGAAGUGCUCUCAUCGGUUUGGGCUCUGGCACCAUCAUCAUCCCCAUUUAUCGACAACCCCCCUGAAAAGACCAAAGAGGAAAAGGUUCUGGAGUUCUCAAAGUUUCUUAGUGAUAAGCAAGCAACUCUGAAAUCUAGCACAGAUCUAAAGGAACUCUUUAAGCACAAGAUGCCCAGCAAGAUAUAGAUUUUUAGCGAGAAAUGGAAGUAGGAUUGUAGGGAUAAAAUUUUGAUGUCUUUUUUUAGAACGAAGAUUUCAAGUUCUUGGUCAUGGGCAAAGUGCAAAGGUUGCAUUGUCAGGGAAAACAUUGGUUGAGGGAUUCAGAUUACCUAUCAAAAUGCCAGACUGUCACAUGCCACUCUACUAUGGUGUUUUGGGCAAAGCCUUGUUAAGGAGAAACACUGUGUGCCAGUAAUACACAGUUGACAGUUUGCUCCCGAAUUUCAGCAGAAAUGUGUUGUUAGAGAAUAAUGGGGCUUACUUCCAUAAGUUCAAGACAUGUUGCCUACGAGAAUAUCAAAAAUCGAAUUUGCAUAAGAACAGAGAUUUUUUUAAAAACUAGUUGAGAACUAAUAUCUCUGUCAUUUGUUGCACUAACUGAAAAGGUAUUUUUCAGACAUUUCUUGUAAUCCUACUUCCAGUGUACUAAAAGUGUUCGUUCAUCUAGGCUGAUACAGCCUAACAAAGAAAAUUAAGCUGUGAUGUUGAUAUUUUGCUACAA